AUGGUGUGGAGUGGGGAUUUAAAAGGUAAAUUUUCAACAGCUGCAGCAGUGGAAAGAAUAAGAUCAAGGGAGCCUAAAUUUAAUUGGUCUGCUUAUAUUUGGAAGCCAUUUCUUCACCCAGCUACUGCAAGCAACAUCUGGAAACUUCAACACCAAAUUUAUAUUGAUGAUAAAGUAAUGAUAAAAAAUGGUUUUGAAAUAGUCUCAAGAUGUUGUAUAUGUACUGCAGAGCAAGACUGUAUGGAGCACACACUAUGGGAAUGUGAUUUCAGUCUAAAAGCAUGGACAUGGAUUUGUUCAAUUUUUAAUUUUGCAAUUCCUCAAUCAUUUAAUGAUGUUUGCAAAUCAGCUCAGCACAAGGGUCCCUUGAUCAAGGAAAUUUGGAUGACAGCUACUUGCACAAUCAUGAAGGAGUUAUGGUUUCAAAAGAACAAGAAGCUGUUUGAAGAAAAAUCUCCUCAUAUCAAUGAAUUCAAAAGGAAAAUAUGGCAAGCAGUGUAUGAGGGUGGUUUUAGGAUGAAGGGAAAUAAAUGGGGUCAAAGUUAUGAUCAGAACAUUAUUGACUUCUUUCAGCUGGGUGUGAGACAUACUAAAUAUAACUACAUCAGAACAUGUUACUGGGGAGCUCCAAAUCCAAAUUUUAUGUUAUUCUGCUGUGAUGGUUCUUCAUUUGGCAAUCCAGGUGAAGCUGGUUUUGGUAUUAUUGCCAGAAGCUCUUCUUGUGAAGUCAUUAGAACAAUCUCAGGAGAGAUUGGAAAUGCAACAAACUAUAUAGCAGAAGUCCUUGCUGUAAUUUGUGCACUUGAACGGGCUUUUGAACUGAAAGCUUCAAAAGUAAUUAUCAGGUCAGAUUCUAAAACUGUUGUCAACAACUUUUGUAAUGACUGUAUUCCUUGGAUGUUUAAAGCAAGAUGGAUGAAUGCAAAGCAAAAACUGGAGCACAUCAUCUUUGAACAUUGCUUUCGUGAAGUCAAUUUUUCUACAUAUGAUCUAUCCAAAAGAGGAGCGGGCCUGAGAGCUGGUGAAAGAAUUAUCCAUAAUGGGAGGCCCAUUUUCUUGAAAAGGAUUGAAAUGCCCAAUAUUGUCUAUUAUAGGAUUUGUUAG